AUGAGUUUUAGACUUAAAACACCCAUUGUGGGUUGUACGCUUGCUGGAAUAGCGCUAGUUUCCUAUAUCGCAUACAAAUAUUACAACAAAUCCAAAAAAAGACGUCUGUUCAAAAGGCUUAAAUUAUUAUAUACGGAUGAUCACGAAUUAUACGGGAAAGAUGAUGAUUUUUGUAGUGAAAACGAAAUAAGUGACGACUAUACCUACGGUCAAUCGUCCAUAAUUGACGAAUUCAUAGUUAUAGACAAUAUAGGUUCAUAUGAUCGUAAAGGAGGAAAAUAUGAAGAGUCAAAUAAUGGUUCUGAGCUCGCAAGUUUGGAAUCUGGCGAACUGAUCGAAGAUAUAGGUGGAAGUCGGACUAGAAAAAAUUACUCUAUGAAAUCACGUUCUACACAGAUAAACAAAAGUUUUGAUCCGGACAUUAGUCCGAGAUCAUCUUUUAGAGCCUCAAGGAGAAAGUCAACUGAAUCCAGCUAUGCAAUACCGCAAGAAGAUACGGAAGGAUGGCUUGUUAUCGAUGGACAUGGUUCUGUUGAGGAAGCUACCACAGAUUAUUCUCAUAUAGAUUCAUCGCAACCAAAUGGAAUCAAUAAUUCUUCAGAGAAGCUGGUACACGAAAAGGAAACAUGCAAUCAUACCCCUUUGAUUCCGGGGUCUCAAACAGUAUACUUUCGCGGAUUUGGUUGUGCCCAUAACAGUUCUGAUUCAGAGUAUAUGAUGGGAAUCUUGUCAGAAUAUGGAUAUAACAUAACAGAUGACAUGAGCAAGGCUCAGGUGGCUGUAAUUAACAGUUGUACCGUUAAAGGUCCUAGUCAGGAUGCUAUGGCAACAGAAAUAAGAAAGGCAAAGGACCUGAAAAUUCCUAUUGUCGUUGGUGGUUGUGUACCACAAGCGGACAAGAAUCUUACGCCUCUGAAAGAUCCUUCGGUAUCUCUCUUGGGGACAUCACAAAUUGAUCGAAUUGUGGAGGUUGUUGAACAUGCUCUACAAGGACGGAAGCUAGUAUUGCUAGAAAGAAAAACGUUGCCAUCUUUAGAACUUCCAAAAAUUCGUCAGAAUGAACUUAUUGAGAUUAUUCCGCUUUCAACUGGAUGCCUUGGUUCUUGCACAUUUUGUAAGACGAAACAAGCUAGAGGAGUUCUUGGAAGCUACACGCUUGAAUCUAUAUUGGAUCGUGUAGAAUCUGCGGUCUCUCAAAAGGUUUCCCAAAUUUGGUUAACUUCUGAAGAUACUGGGGCAUAUGGAAUUGACAUCGGGAUUGAUAUUGUAGUUUUACUGAAAUCGAUACUCCCGCUUCUUCCCCCAGAUGUUAUGUUGCGUUUGGGUAUGUCAAAUCCUCCUUAUAUUAAACGGCAUAUCGAAGAGAUAGCAAAGAUAUUAAAGCACAAAAAUGUUUUUGAGUUCAUUCAUAUACCAGUACAAUCUGGAAGUGAUCGUGUUCUUGAUGCCAUGAAUCGCGAAUAUCAUAUUGAUGAAUUUUUAUUUCUUGUUGACAAGAUUCGUGAAUCGGUUCCAGAUUGUUCAUUAGCUACAGAUAUUAUCUGUGGAUUUCCGACUGAGACAGAUGAGGAGCAUCUGGAAACAAUACAACUAUUGAAAGAUUUAAAACUGCCUAUUGUUAACAUAUCACAAUUCUACCCAAGGCCCGGUACUCCCGCUGCUAAAAUGAAGGCUCACCCUAACAAGGUAGCAAAAUCGCGCACAAGAGAGGUUACCGAGGUCUUUCUUUCCUACGAGUGUAACAGUCACUACUUGGGAAAAACGUUACCUGUGUGGUUUUCUCAAACUGACGUUAAGAGAAACCACACAAUAGGACACACUAAGAACUAUAUAAAAGUUGUUGUCGACAAAGACGAUAGUCUUUUGGGAAAAAGAAGAGACGUUUUAGUGCAGCAUGCAACAAAGUGGCACCUCACAGGUAUCGUCACUUAA